UACAAGUGUGUGUGUGUGCGCGUUCACAUGCCGUCGCGCCCGCGUUUGAAUACCGGCUCGAGCCGGUAAAGAGCUGCCAAAAACAGCCAGGAAAUAUUUCCCCGAAGACAGAAGAUGCGACUGGCUGUGACAGAAAGAAAAUAGACCAAAGAAAUAUCGGCUUUACUGCCAGGAAGGGUCUUAAAUAUUAGAUAAAAAAACAAAAAAAGCUUGGCCGACACAUCACAGCAGCUUCCGUACAGCCACAAUGCAGUGAGGAGGUGGAGAGCCCGGCCGUGUUACACCAGGAGGCUGCUCUUCUGACCCGGUGACCUGUUGUAGCCAUGAGGGUGCCCACUUCUCAGCAUUGUUUGGGUCCAAAUGUUUACCCAGAGGUGCCCGAUGGCGGCUGGGGCUGGGCCGUGGCCGUGGCCUUCUUCUUGGUGGAGGUCUGCACCUACGGGACCAUCAAGAGCCUGGGCGUCUUCCUCCAGGAUCUGAUGAAGGAGUUUCAGGAGAGCAACAGCCGAGUGUCAUGGGUCAUCUCCAUCUGCGUCUUCAUCUUCACCUUCACUGCCCCGCUGUCCACCUUCCUGAGCAACCGUUACGGCUAUCGUCCAGUGGUGAUGAUAGGAGGCUUUCUCAUCAGCCUGGGCACCAUCACCUCCGCCUUCACCAACUCCAUCAACGAGAUGUACAUCACCCUCGGCGUUGUCUCAGGCCUCGGCUACUGCCUCACCUUCAUCCCCACCCUCACCAUCCUAGCGCAGUACUUCUCCAGACGCCGAGCCCUCGUCACCUCUGCCGCUUCCUCCGGAGAAUCUUUUGCCAUAUUCGCAUUUGCUCCAGCCUUCACUAUACUGAAGGAACACAUUGGCUGGCGCUAUUGCCUGGUGAUCCUAGGAAUCAUCCAGUCUUCUGUGAUUGGUUGUGGGGUUCUCCUUCGUCCAAUCAUUAUCAGGCCGGAGCCCAUGAAAGAGGACAGUGAAUCAGCCAAAGAGCCUCUCUCUUUGAAGCAGCUCCAGACUGUUUACGAGAUGGAGAACGAACAAACCAGAACCUCCAUCAGUUCAGGAGUCUCCCAGGGCUCAGAGGACUCGGGUGUCACUUCCCUUUCUGCUUCAAACGUAGACCUGCGGACUACAGGAACUGAAACCAAGGCUCUGUUGGCAGGGGGAGAGCAGGACAAAGAGGGCCAGGAGCAGUCUCUGUUCACUUCUCCCACCCCGGUCAAGGGGAAAGAUGAGGGCGAACAAGCAAAUGUAGAGGCGGGUCCUCUCCAGCCCUCCAGCCCCAAACUCCUGGACUUCUCUGUGCUUAAAGACAGUGCCUUCAUCUGGUAUUCUCUCUUUGGCUUGUUCGCCACGCUAGGUUUCUUCGCCCCGCAGCUCUACAUCAUUGAACUGAGCAAGAGCCGAGGCGUAGAGCCCAGCAUGGCCUCCUACAUGCUCUCUGUGAUAGCCGUGGCCGAGAUCUUUGGCCGCUUGUCCAUCGGGGUGGUGCUGAACAAAGUCCGCUGCAGGAAGACCCUGGUGCUGCUGUGCUGUGUGGUUCUGAUGUGCCUGGUGCUGGUAGCCUUUGCAAUCGUGUGGGAGUUCUGGGGCCUGGUGGUCUGCUGCGCCCUCUACGGCUACUUCAUGGGCACCAUCGGCUCCACUCACAUCCCCAUGCUGGCUGAGGAGGAUGUGGUGGGCAUCCAGAGGAUGGCAUCAUCUGUUGGAGUGUACGUCUUCAUCCAAAGCUUCGCUGGGCUGGCAGGGCCACCUCUAGGAGGUGUGUUGGUGGACAUCACACAGAACUAUGGUGCUGCCUUCUACUCCUGCGCGGCGGGCAUGGGCCUCAGCGCCAUCUGUCUGGCAAUGGUCGGCCCCGCCAAGUCUGGUAUGUGCCAAAGACGGAACAGAAACGAAGAGAAACGCCCAGAGGAAGAGAAGAAAAUGUCCCAGGACAGCGACCAGUCGGACUUCCUGGAGGUGGACAUAGCCCCAGAGGACAGUCCAGCCAGACAGGCUGACCUAGAUAAGGACAAGGCCUCUGUAGUAUGAACCGACCACUGCAUGACAUCACCUCAAAACCAACGACUCACCACCAGGGCCAAUGAAGCCUGCAGUGUCACUAACACGAACCCACAGCUGCUGCUGGGUCCAAAUCUCAGGUGCUUCACGUUCACUCCUCGAGACUCCUCUGAGACCAAAGGCACAUCCACGCUGAGCUUAAGGAGAACCUCGCUUCUUGGGAGCUUUCGCAAAUCCAAUGUAUUGUCAGUUUGAGCAGAAGUACCUGUAACUCAGGAAAAAAGGUGUUGUCAUGGAUACUGAAGCAUCAUUAGUUAGACAAAACAGUCAUGCACAGUCCUGAUAUCACGGAGACAUAUCCGUCUCCGUGAUAUCAUGACUGUGCAUCGUCAUUAAAUGACAUUCACUGCUACUAGAUGUCACUAGAGCACCAGCACCUCAGACCAAAACAAACAACAGUCCACCAGACUCCACUGACAAAAGCAUUCUUUUUACCUUAAUCGUGAAACAAAAUCAAACACCAAAACCGUCUUUGUUUUCGUCUUUCCACUGUUCCAGCAAGCCUUAGCUGGCAGCCAUGAAACGGGCUGCAGUAAAGUACAUCCACCGUACUAAAAGUGUCUGACAUGGAAAUGAUCCUUACAGAGAUACAUCUCUUUGCAUGCCACCACACUCCAUUGACAAAAAACAUUUAUUUACCUUACUGCUCAUCUUAAAACACACUUCAUUAAAUUCAUUCCAACUCGGACAGCAAAGUAAAACUCACCAUGAAGCCAUCUCUGGUUUGGUCAAAAUGAAUCAUUGAUUCACAGAGACAGACAGAUGAGAAGUAAAACUGCAGUUUCAUUGCUUUCCUCAAAGUCAACAGUCUUACAGUGAGGCACGCACUAUCAAAGCAAAGAACAGAGAAGCUCACAGCCGUCACUCUACUGUACCUUUACAUAGCACAUAGAUGUCUGCUGCUAUAUUAAUGUGUUAAUUCUCAUAUAAUACAUAUAUAUACAUAUAUAUAUAUAUAUAUAUUACAAACCUUUAAAGCCUACAACGGCUCAUCCAUUCUUGCUGAACACCUGCCUGUUUACAGAGUGGAACACAAACCCUGUGGCUUUGAAACAAACAGAGACAAUCCACCUGUACGCGUCUGAUUCAUGGAGAAUGAUUUCACCACUGCUGAAGCUGGACAACAAAAUGUAGUCAUGCACUUUUGUGCACACAGUUUGUCUCCUGUCUGACACACAAUCAUGUAUCCGAUGUUUCAUUUUUACCCCUGUGGUAAUUGAAGCAAUACUGCAGCAGUGUUCACCGAUCCUUUACAAUGAGUCUCUGCACGUGGAGCCUGUAUUCUGCGAUGCUACGAUACUGUAGGUUGUGGAAUUUGUUUAGCAUGAGCCUCAGAAACUUUACAUCCUUUAUUUUACACGGCUUUAGGUGUAAAGCGUCGGCUGUAUAUCUAUUCAUUAACUGUAGAGUAACUGAAUACUGAAAAGCAAUCACGAUACAACAGACGAAGUUAGUUUACAGUGAUUUACUUUCCGACGCCACGGCUAAACCAAGAGAUGGGUCACAUACAGUUCUAUGUAUGCAAAGGUGUGACGGACAGAUUGGACGGGAGCGAGUGGAGGAUUUCCUCCUGCUGCCUCAGAUACUCUCCACACACCCAACACAGCGUGAAAGUUUAGUUCAAAGACCUUUCCUUAAUCAUCGUACCACCUUUAUUUAAACUGUUUAUAACGAUGAUUUCCUGUUCCUUUUUUAAUACAGACUUUUUCAUUGUUUUUUAUUUAAUCGAGUGACAGGCAGGUUCCUGCCUAUUAAGUGCUGUACUGCUUUCAUUAUGUCUUUUCUAAAUAAAACUUGAUUCCUCUGUC